CCCCUCUCUACCUGCCUGCCUACGCACGUCCCCGUCCGCCCCGCUCCGCCUCCCAAAAAUUCCCCCCCUUUCCACACCACUUCCUCCCUCGCCAGCCUAAAACCCUAGCUCGCCUCGCCCCGUCGGCCGUCGCGCGCCCCCAUGGCCUCCGACGCCAAGCCCGCCUCCCCGGCCCCCGAGGAUCCGCCCGCCGACGACCCCAUGGACUCCGCCGAGCCCGAGGACAAGCCCGAGCCGGAGGUAGAGCCGGAGGCGGAGGCGGAAGCCGAGGCCGAGGAGGAGCAGGACGAUGAGGAGGGGCAGGAAGAGGAGGAACCACCGAAGAAGCGCGGGGGCAGGCGGAAGAGGCUUCCGGGGGAUAAGCCGGCGCCGGCGACCCCCGCGCUCGAGAGGCCGUCCAGGGAGAGGAAGACGGUCGAGAGGUACGCGGAGCUCACCCCGCGCAGCACGCCCUCCAAGAAGUCCGCCGCCAUCCUCCAGGGCUCUGGAACCAAGCUGAAGGAAAUCCCCAACGUUUCCUUCAAACUGUCCAAGAGAAAGAUAGAUGAGAAUCUUCAGAGUCUUCAUACUAUAAUGUUUGGGAGAAAAUCAAAUGUCCAUUACUUGAAGAGGAACAUAGCUCAAUUUUCUGGUUUUGUUUGGACUGACAAUGAAGAUAAGCAAAGGAGUAGGGUAAAGGAAAAGCUUGACAAGAUUAACAAGGAGAAGUUACUAGAUUUUUGUGAAAUACUUGAUAUCCCUGUCAAAGUAACUUCAAGGAAGGAGGAAGUAUCUGCCAAACUGCUGGAGUUUUUGGAGUCCCCUUGCAUUACCAGAGAUGUUGUUCUCAGUGAUGUGAAGAAAGGGAAGAAACGCCAGAGGAAUUCUAAAGGAAGUGGAAAGGCAACUGAAGGUGCUUCUGCAGAAAAGAAGAGGAAGAGCCAGAAACAAGCAGAUGAAGCUGACAAUGAGAAUGAUGAUGAAGAUGAUGCUGGUCCUGCUGAUUCGGAGGAUGCACCAAUUGGAGAAGAUGAUGAGGACUCUGAAAAAGAAGAUGCUGAGAGUGAUGAAGAACCUGAUGAGACUCCAGCUAAGAAAACGUCAAAAGACGAUAAACAAGGAAAGAAGGAAGUUGGGUCCAAGGCAAAAGAAAAUGAUGUAUCGAGAAAGAAGACUCCUACGAAAUCAAAGCAAGAUUCAGAGUUGGAGAGCAAGAAGGCUGGCAAGAAGGCCUCAAAGAGUACAACAAAGGAAAGCAGUGUGUCUGUAGAUAAGGCCAACAAGGUUUCUAAAUCAAAAAAGGAUGUUGCAAAAGAAAGUCAAAGCAAUAAUUCUGGUGCUUUGAACAAUAAGGCACGCAAGAAACCGGGUGCCAAGGCAUCCAGUGAAACUAAAGGAAAAGGCAAGGGCAGGACAGAUGCUGGAUCAGCCCCAACCACUGAACAGUUGCAUGCCGUCGUCAGUGACAUAUUGAAAGAAGUGGACUUCAAUACGGCAACUUUGGCCGACAUUCUCCGGAAACUAGGAGCUCACUUCAAGAUGGACCUCAUGGAUAGGAAGUCAGAGGUAAAGCACAUCAUAGAGGAAGUAAUCAAUAGCAUGUCAGAUGAUGAAGGCGAGGAAGAAAACGAUGAAGAUGAUGCAGAAAACAAUGGCAAGACAGAAAAUUCAAAGGAGGAUACGGAUGGAGGCGAGGAGAAAUAGCUGGGCCAACUGGAUGUGAGAUACUGUUGGACCAGUCUAGUGUAUUUGCUAGUAGUGUUUUGGACUGCUGGCUGCGUUGGGCCUGUACAAUGGUGGCAUGGCAGCAACCAACUGGUGGCUUUGGCCUUGGUAGUGCAAAGAUCGUUAGCCAUUUGAUAGCCCUACAUACCUGGUCGUUGUGCUUGACUUGUUUUAUUGACCUGUAGUCUAGUUGCCGGUCAUAUGUACAAUAGCUGUUUGGUUAUAACUAUGUUGCUUUAGGUAGCUAUAUAGCCCUGACUGUAAUAUGCAGAAUAAUUUUGCUGUUUGUUCCUUCCAUUUAUCCAUGUAAACCAGUGUAUUAUUCUGAGUUCUCUUCUAUGCUUGUCUGCAUUU